AUGGACAACAUAUUCGCAAUCGGAUUCGGCCUCGGAUUGCGCUUUGUGGUCGACACUGUGAGCAACCAAGAUUUCAAACUUACAGGAACGUUGGUAGGACUCUGGGAGGGUGUUAUCCUCCUUCACUUCCUCAAGAAGACGCCCAAGUCCUCCGACCCGUACAUAGCGUUCGGCGUUCGGAUUUUCGUCGACCUCGUAUUCACCGAGAGCGUCGCGCGGAUGGUUCUGGUGUUGAUCUGGACAGCGCUUGGAAUGGUGCUUGCAGACAUCACCCCCGCCAUUUGGGAGGACGUUGGCCUCAAACGAGUCUGGAAGAGCUUCCGCCGCGACCUAUAUACCAUCUCACGCAUGAUACCCACCGUUGCAUUCUUCCCCCCUACGCGCACCGUUAGAUUUUCACCUUCACGAGAACCUUCCGUCAUUGUAGACGAUGCCACCGAAGUCCUAUCACCAUCUAUGGUCACCGAACAAACCCCUAUCGAUCCAGUACCAUCUGCUAUCCCAAGGACAGUCGCGAAACGCCGCGUUCCAGGUCACUUCCCCAUGGACUUCUCCGAUACAGACACAGAUACCUCUUCCUUACGAGCCGCUAACUUCGUUCCAAAUGGGAGGACAAGUCGACGACUAUCUGUAUAUCCUGAAAUUCAUGAUUACGACGACUCGAUCAGCGAUCUCUCAGGCAGUCAGAACGAUCUCGACGAGGGUAACCUGUCCUCGGAGGCUACUCCAACCGGCGAACCUCCACUGACGCUCCCAGAUUCCUCUGAAAUUCCUGAAAUCGAAGAGGAGCCGUUGUUGGUGAAUGUUUCAGCACUGCCUGUGAAGCUCGAAGAUGGGGAGACCACUCCGACACAGCGACAUCAACCAUACAUGCCUCCCACUCCCUCCGACUCGGCUGCACGAUGGGGUAUCAACCGCGACGUCGAAGAACCCUUGCCUGUCAGACCUCCGUCGGAACUUCUACCCCAGAUCCCUGAUUUCCUCGAGGAGCCGGUCUCCGAAGACUGGGAGAAGAUUCAACAUGCUGAUUACUCGGACGACAAGCCCCCUACUCCGCCUGCGAAAGACAAACCAUCGGGUCUCAAGAUUCCCAAGGUUCCUGACGUCCCACCUCCCGUGCCACCCGUCGCUCAGCAGCCACCUCAACCCACAACCCCGCCGGACGACGACAUGAAAGGUUGGGACACGUUGGAAUCUCAAAUCUUCACUCGCGACAUGAACCCAAACAACGAUACUGACAACGAUAUUAACGCUACUACCACUAACGACGACACGAAUCGACAAUCUUUGCCCCCUCCUUACCACGAUUAUGAAACCCAUGAAGAUAUUUACGACGACCCCCCUCACGACCCUGCCUUGGGCAUCCCCACUGGGGACCUCUUAGGCGAUGAUACGGGCGUGCCUCCUGUUGAGCAGGACACGCUCACGGAUCCUCAGCCUUCCUUGCUACCUCCUAUACCGAUGGUUGAUUCGUUGGAUCCUUGGACCUCUGGUGGUGCCGACGACUUUGAGGAGCAAUAUAAACGCGAUCUUGAAGCAGAGGAGCUCAAAGCGAAGCAAGAGGCAGAGGAAGCCGAAAGGAAAGCCGCAGAGGAAGCUCAACGGAAGGCUGAAGAGGAAGCUGAAGAGGAGAAGAAGAGGAAGAAAGCACAGGAGAAAGCGGAGAGAGAGAAGAAGGAAGCCGACGACGCUCUUGCUCGCAAGAAGAAACGCGAGGAAGAGGAGGCAGCGGAAAAAGCGAAGAAAGAGGAGGCUGAGAAGAAGAAGGCUGAAGAAUUAGCGGCUCAGAAGAAGAAAGAGGCUGAGGAAGCCCAGGCACGAAGAGAUGCUGCAGCGGAGGAGAAGCGAAAGAAGAAAGAGGCUAAGGAGGAGGAGAAAAGGAAGAAAGCAGAAGAAGCCGCGAGAAAGGAGGCAGAACGUCUUGAGGCAGAAAGAUUGAAGGCAGAGGAGGAGGCCGCCAGAGCUGAGGCAGAAAGAUUACAGGCUGAGGAGGAAGCAGCAAGAUUGAAAGUCGAAGAGGCGGAAAAGGAGGCGGCAAGGUUGAAAGCGGAGGAGGAAGAAAAGGCGAAAGCAGAAGAGAAGAAGCUAAAAGCAGAGGAAGAAAAGGAGGCAGCGAGAUUGAAAGCAGAGCAAGAUGAAAAGGAGGCAGCGGAGAGGAUAGCGGAGGAGGCUAAAGCUCAAGAACAAGCUCGACUUCAACAAGAGUUAGAAGACGCGGAGAAGCUCCGGGAGCAGUUAGAAGUUACAGCAGCCGAGGAAACGACCACGGCAGAUGCUCUCCAAGUCGAAAAAGAUGCUCAACAGAAUGCAAAUCUAGCAGCUACGACUGAAGAACAGGCUACUGCUGAAGGAACUGCUGAAGACGUUAAAACACCUGUUGUACGACCUAUUGAAGACAACGCUGAACUUCCUGAGCAUCCUCUAUCGCCGGUGGAAUUUCAUCAUCCUGCACCUUCAGAGGCGGACACUGCUUCCGAAGCUAGUGCGGCCCCCCCUCUCAAAGCCUAUGAACGCGUGGAACGCAUGCUUUCCCUGAGAGCGCAGAUCGUUGAAAUAGAGGCUAAGCUUCGAACUCUUGUCGCCACCGAUUCUGCCAGUCCAGAGAUUAAAGUGAUGGAGAAAAUCUUGCGGAAAAUGAACAGACAGGCCGAAAGACGAUACACCGCUGGAAUCUCUUACCAUCAAUACCAUGACGAUGACUCCAAUUCAGAUACUGUUACAUUGAAUACUUUGAACGACAGUAGAUCACAAGAAAAGAUUGCUGAGAAGAUUGAACAAUUAUUAACCCCAUCGUCAAGAUCACUGUAUCUUACGAUACAGUUUGGCAAAAAAGCGAAUGAUUCCAGGAAACAGAAGGCAGUAGUCGGCAGAAUAACAGACGCCUUCGAAAACAGGACGAAAGGACGCACCAUCGACGUUUCAGAAGAGCAAUUUUCGGAAUGGCUUACAGGUUAUCGCAAACUUUCAACUCGAGAGAAAACAGACGAGUUUACAUCUGUGUGGGGUUGA